AUGUUAAUAUAUAGUGAUUUAUAUAAUAAAAUAUAUGAAACUGAGACCUCAAUGUAUUCUAUAUUAGUUUGCGACACCAGCCCUGACGUGUGCGAGUGUCUUGUGAAACAACUUGGAAAUUUUUCCAAUUCUGUAGGGACUGUCUGUGGUCCUUUGGCUACGUUGCUUACAAGGUUGCAGCCGUGCGAAAAGGUUGCAAUAGUGUCACCGGGGAAUUCGUUUGGGUUCCUAGGUGGAGGUUUCGACUUAGCCAUUUGUGAACAACUUGGGGGAGCGCCAUUCGAGGCGUGGUUCCGGGCGCAGCUGCCCGGUUUGUAUCAGCCAGUCGGUUCCUGCAACGUCGUGGACCUCACUAAAGGGCCUUAUGCGCACCGCAACGUCAGGUACAUCGUACACGUCCCGACAGUCGUGACACCAAUGAUGGACGUUUGUGAAGGUUCUCGAUUGGCGUUCGAUGGAAUGUGGAAUGUUCUCGAGCGAUGCCCUCGAGAUGUCGACGUGGUUGUGGUUCCGGGGUUGGCUACGGGGUAUGGUGGAGUUCCAGUCGCAGUGAGUUGCAAGAGUAUGGCAUUUGCAAUGAUCGUACACCAGCUGGAUGUUUCUGAGGAGUUGCGUAUUCUGCUUGUUAUGUACUAUCUUGGGUGUGGUUACGAUGGGUUCUUUAGCAAGAACUGUAGAAAAGAAUGUGAGGAAGUUGGGAUUGACCUGAAGGCCUUGAAAAAUUUUGAUGCUCGUUACGAUUCUAUCAAGAGUAUUUUACCUAAGUAG